GUUCUCCGCCAAACUCACCACCAAAAACAUCACAAGCAAACAUCAUGGGUAUCCUUGACAACCUCUACUCCGUCGUCGAGCUCGGCCACUUCGAAUGGCCCGUCCGCAACUCUCACCCAACACACCCCAUGACGGUCCACUUCCCUCUCACCUUCCUCUCCGCUGCAUACACUGCCGAUCUCCUUCACUACGGUAUCCAGCACCUCGGUCCCUUGGCGCGCUUCACACCUUACCUCGCCGACAUCUCCAAGUUUGGCUACGUCAGCAACAUCCUUGGUCUCCUCACUUCCAUCCCGUCCAUCACCUCCGGAAGCGCAGAAUUGUGGGAGCUAUACAAGACCGGCGGCAUCAACCGUAAGGACAAGGAACUCACACACCCCAAGUCGCACGAGGAAUACGUCGACAGAUCCGUCCGUAUCGGACUCUACCACGGUGCACUAAACGCCGUCGCAUUCUCCAUCUCGACCUACAACUGGUGGGUCCGCAGAAAGAUCCCCGGCUUCCACCCCACUGGCGGCAACGUCCUUCUGAGUGCGAUCGCUAUGGGUGGUAUUGCUUUCUCUGCCGGUUUGGGAGGUGAGCUUGUUUACGGAAAGGCUGUUGGUGUUCAGAGAAUGGGUUACGCACGCGAUGAGAAGAUCGAGGGGAGGAAGGAGGGUCAGGCGCUGGCGGAUGCAAAGGCACAGUAACCGAUUCCAGCAAUUGAGAUGUACGAUGGAGAUGAAAAACCUAAGGCCAAAUAGUAAUACAAAGCACUGCAUAUCCACACUAUCCUGCAGGGUUCAAGGUUGCGUGAGUCUUGCGUGUGCACGGUCCGCCUUGAAGUUACGCUCUGGGACUCCGUCGAAGAUCCGUCUCGACUAAACCAUACACUAGCCGAAUUAUGUGAACGCCGUAGCAUUCCUACACCUUGCGACUCCCGAACUGCUCCUCAAAAU